GAAUUAUUGUGUAAGUAAUAGAAUAAUAAAUAAAGAUAACGAAAAGCAAGUGAGUGAACCACGUAGAACACGAAUGCAGUAGAAUGGUGUUGAAAAUUGAGCAAACGGGAAUCAAAUACUUCCUCUUCCUCAUAGCCUUUGAACACAGGAGAGAGAGAGAGAGAGAGAGAGAUCACGGGGAAUUUUUUAAUAAAAAUAACGAAAAGCAAGUGAGUGAACCACGUGGAACACGAAUGGUGUUGAAAAUUGAGCAAAGGGGAAUCAAAAAUUUCUCCUUCCUCACAGCCUUUGAACACAGGAGAGAGAGAGAGAUCACUCAGCAUCCACCGAUGGCUUCACCGGCCUUUCCUUGCCUCUUUCUCAUACUUCUACUCACUCUCCGAAUCUCUUCUGCUGCCGCCGCAGCCGCAGACGACACUCCCACGGCCUACCAAAUCCUACAGGAAUACGGUUUUCCAGCGGGGCUUCUCCCAGAGGGCGUGACGGGCUACGAAUUGGACAAAUCCAGCGGCAAAUUCAAGGCCUACUUGGGCGUCACCGGCGGGAGCACCUGCAGUUUCAAAGUGGUCGGUUACCAGCUCAAGUACAAGUCCACCAUCACGGGGGUGAUAUCCAAGGACAAGAUCAGCAACUUGAAGGGUAUUAGCGUCAAAGUGCUCUUCCUCUGGUUCAACAUCGGGGAGGUCACUCGCGACGGCGACGAUCUCCAGUUGUCCGUCGGGAUUGCGUCCGCUAAUUUUGGUGUUGAGAAUUUUGAGGAGAGCCCUCGGUGUGGUUGUGGAUUUGAGUGUGUGAAUGGAGGGGAGGGAGAGGGGGUGAAGCUCAGGUUGAAAUUCAACCGUUUUGUGCCUUCUCUUUUGGAGUGAAAUUUGGGAAAUUUGAUCGGCUUUGGGGGGAAAAGGAAUGGGCAGUUGCAACUAAAGUCACAUAAUCCUUUCGGUACGAACUUUCGCUCACUCUCAAUUCUUGGCUUCUUGCUCUCGUGAAUUUGAGUGAAUUCAAGUAGUUUAGAAUAUCUUAAAAGCUUUCAUGCUCGCACACCAUUGUCUCGUGCUCACGCACACGUAAUAUGUGGCUAAGGGAACCUGCGGUUGGGCCCGUUAUUUAUUUGGACGUUUUGUAACUAUAUUGUUAGACUUUUGUGGUAUUUUCCAAAACCAAGUACGUACUCCUAUAUAUCUUGUUGUGAUUGAUGAGAAAA